AUGAUCAUCGACCCCCAGCUCCCACGUGCUCUGUGGCCUGUGGGCAAGGUCACUACUGUCAUCCCUGGAGCAGAUGGCAGAGUGAGGACAGCACAGGUGCAGGUCAAGGACCGGACCUACACCCGCCCAGUCUCACGCCUGAAUAGAUGCAUGGAAAAGGAGCAUGAUCUGAACGUAGUGCUUUUGGAAGACGACUUUGCAGAGUGGAGUUUAAAGUAUGUGCAAAAGGCUGUGGAAUCCGCCAUUGAAAAAGACGAGGCACUGAAUGAAGCCCAAGGAAUAAAAUACAAGAUACGGCCAAACUUCUCCGGCUUCUACACAACGUACUACAAGAGGAGAGGGUGCCACAGCAGCAGCUGUGAGGGGGUGGAGAUGAUGAAGGCACUGCAUGAGAAUAAUUCAGUUGGCUGUGCCAUGCUGGGGCCCUCUUGCACAUACGCUACCUAUCAGCUGGCCAGUGAGCAGGUCGGCUUCACCCUGACCAUACCCAUCAUCUCGGCGGGCAGCUUCGGCCUGUCCUGUGACAACAUUGUCAACCUGACGCGUUUGCUGCCCCCGGCGCGCAAGGUCUCACGCUUCUUCCUCAACUUCUGGAGAUACACCGACGACAACGUCAAGACAAGCAAGUGGACCACGGCCUACGUCUACAAGAGGGAGAGCUACCACGACUACUCAGAAGACUGCUUCUGGUACAUCAACGCCUUGGAAGCCCAAACAGAGGAGUUUGCCAAGAACAUUGACAGAGUGAUGGUGCGAAACCUGAGGGACCUUCAUGAAGCCAUGCGGAAAAGUGACAGACACAGCAACAUAUUCAUUCUUUGUGGAACGCCAGAUGACGUUGAGGAGGUGACAAAAGUAGCAUUUCCCAUACACCCCGACACUGUGUUCUUCCUGAUCGACAUUUACAAUACUGAGUACUACAAUAACACGCGGCAUGAGCAUAUGAGGAAUGCCCUGGUGCUCUCGCUGCCCUACAGGAACUACAGUGACGUGGACUGGUCGACCAACAGCAGCCUAGUGAAUGACUACGUGGCCGGGUACCAUGACGGUGUUCUGCUUUUUGGUCAUGUGCUUAGAGAACACCAUCUGAACCAGACCAAAUUUUCGUCAAAUUCCUCUUUCUACAACCCAUUCAGGAAUGUAGUUUUCGAUGGCCUGGGUGGUCGCUAUGAGCUGGAUGGGAAUGGAGACAGAGAAGUCAACUUCACACUCAUCUACACCUCCAGUGCUACCCAUGAGUACAAAAUUUUGUUUGAGUACAGUUCGUCCUCAAAUCAGACCAUACUAAUGGAGUGCAAUCCUGCUUUGGGCUGGCCCAAAUCAACGCUACCGAAUGAUGAACCUGCAAAUGGUCUGGAGCCUCAAAGCGUUAUCAUGAUUGUUCUUGGCCUAUCUGUUGUGGUAGUAACUGCCAUCGCUUUAAUCUUCUACAGGCAGAGCAGAAGGCAGCGUCAGAAGGUGAAGAAAUGGUCCCACAUUCUUCCUGAGCUCAUCAGCCAGCUGGAUAACAAGGAGCGCAGCCUGGUCUCUCUCAGGAUUGACGAGGAACAGAAAGACAGUGGCUGUCAAAUCCGUCGGGGUCGCUAUGACAAGAAGCCUGUCAUCCUGAAAGAGCUGAAGCACGUUGAUGGGAACUUCAGCGAAUCCCAAAGGAUAGAGCUGAAUUCGCUCCUGAGGGUUGACUAUUACAACCUCACCAAGUUCUACGGCACGGUGAAGUUCGACAGCGGCGUGUUUGGGGUCUUUGAGUUCUGUGAGCGAGGCUCCCUGAGGUGCGUUCUGAAUGACAAGGUAUCCUACCCUGAGGAGACCUUCAUGGACUUGGAAUUCAAAAUUUCCGUCAUGUAUGACAUAGCCAAGGGCAUGUCCUAUCUCCAUUCGAGCAAUAUUGGUGUGCAUGGGCGUCUCAAAUCUGCCAACUGUGUCCUUGACAACCGUAUGGUAGUGAAGAUCACCGACUUUGGCUGCAAUACAAUCCUAAGCCCUGGCAAAGACCUGUGGACGGCUCCUGAGCACCUGCGUAAGGAGGGUAUCUCCCAGAAAGGAGAUGUGUACAGCUUCGCCAUCGUGGCCCACGAGAUCCUGCUGAGGGAGAGACCGUUCUACACGGAGGCAUGUUCAGAUGAUGCAGAUAAGCUGAUGAGGGUCCAGUAUCCAAACGGACCGCAGUACUUCAGACCUGACCUCAACUUUGAUACAGUUAACGAGACAGAAGUGGAGCUGUAUGUGUUAAUUAAAAACUGUUGGGAUGAAGAUCCAGAGAAGAGGCCUGACUUUAAGAAAAUAGAGAGCUCAUUCGCAAAGAUCUUCAGCAACAUCCACAACCAUGCCAACGAGAGCUACAUGGACAACCUGAUCCGCCGGCUGCAGAUGUACUCCCGCAACCUGGAGCACCUAGUGGAGCAGAGGACGUCCCUGUACAAGGCCGAGAGGGACAGAGCCGACCGCCUCAACUUCAUGCUGCUGCCGGGGCCAGUGGUGCGCGCCCUGAAGGAGUCGGGCCACGUGGAGCCGGAGCUGUUUGACGAGGUCACCAUCUACUUCAGCGACAUCGUGGGCUUCACCACGCUCUGCCACUACAGCACGCCCAUGGAGGUGGUGGACAUGCUCAACGACAUCUACAAGAACUUUGACAGCAUCCUGGAUGAUCACGAUGUUUACAAGGUGGAGACCAUAGGAGAUGCGUACAUGGUGGCGUCAGGGCUGCCCAAGCGCAACGGGAACAGGCAUGCGGUGGACAUCGCCCACAUGGCCCUGGACAUCCUGGCCUUCAUGGCCACCUUCAGGCUGCGCCACCUGCCCGGCCUGCCCCUCUGGAUACGCAUUGGGAUCCACUCAGGCCCCUGUGCAGCUGGAGUUGUUGGGAAUAAAAUGCCACGAUACUGCCUCUUUGGGGACACAGUCAACACCGCCUCACGCAUGGAGUCCACAGGACUACCCCUCAGAAUCCACGUCAGCCAGUCCACUGUCAACAUCCUGCAGAGGACAGACUGCAAGUUUGAGUACGUGGAGCGAGGAGAGACCUACCUGAAGGGGAAAGGUAAAGAGAUGACCUACUGGCUCACAGGAGUAACGGGACAGAAGUACGACCUCCCAAAACCACCCACAGAGGAGAACUUCCAGCAGCUGCAGCAGGACCUGGCUAAGAUGAUCCGCCUGGGCCUGGAGUCGAGCACAAUGGCCCGGCGCGGCAAGACGCUCUCCACCCGCAUACGGAGGCGCGAGGGACAAGGCAGCCAGGGGAGCCAGGGCCUGCUCGAGUACUUCCACCUCGCCGACCCCAACACAUACCUGUAGCCACGGGCCGCGGAAGCACACUUUCAUACAUUGACGAAGCCCACUGUGGUCUGCAUCAGUGGCCUCCGUUUAUUUUUACCCAAGGGCCAAAUUUUGUAGCUGAGGGCCAAACAAACCACCCGACUGUAUGGCCACAGAUAGCAUACAUAUAUGAUUUAAUUUGUUCCAACCUCAUGGUAGGCCACAUGUUUGCCAUGCCUGGGCCGGAUCUGGCCCGUUGGCCGUCAUUUUGAGACCACUAGUAGAUUAUGCAAAGCAUCUGAAACUCCUCUGUGCACUCUUUUUUGCCACUUGGGGGUGAAUGCGUUCUGCUUCAACCAACAACUAGGCUACUGCUGGUAGUUUUGGCUUCUACCAAGCCCUGUUAGCCUGGACCCAUCCAUGAUUCCUGUGACGC